AUGGCUUCGCUAACAAUCAUCGGGGUCUCCCUCCUGCUAUUGCUCUUGCUGUACAAAUACUUUCUAUUCCCCAUCUUCUUUUCCCCCUUAUCAAAGAUCCCCAAUGCCCACUUUUCAGCGUCCAUCCUUCCACUAUGGAUCUGGUCUGAACGACGAAAUAGUACAGCAGUCCGCACUCUUCUUGCUCUCCAUGAAAAGCAUGGUCCGGUGGUAAGACUUGCACCGAAUGAGAUCAGCGUGAAUAGUGCAGAAGCGUUGCGGACGGUCUACAUCGGCGGAUUCGAAAAGCACAGAUGGUAUCUUGACCCCUUUGUGAAUUAUGGCACUCCCAAUAUGUUCACCAUGUUGGGACAUAAGCCACACUCGGUGCAGAAACGCAUGGUAUCAAACCUCUAUUCCAAAUCUCAUUUGCAGAGCUCCAUAGAUCUGCAGGCCAUUUCAGACUGCUUGUUCUUUGAUCGGUUCCUGCCAAUAAUGCACGAGGUUGAUAAGCACGGUGGGGAGAUGGAUGUGUUGGAGUUCAUGCAGGCUGUGAGCAUGGAUUUCACCUCUGCAUAUCUUUUCGGCUUGUCCAAUGGCACCGAUUUUAUGAAUGACGCCGCAUAUCGGCGUCACUGGCUCGAAGAGUUCAAGACCUUCAAGGUCCGGCUUCCGCAAGAACGUGCAGGUGGGGAGAUCGAAAGGUGGUGCCUCUCAAUGUGUGAAGCUGCGGAGCGCUUCAUGAACUUGGAGAAAGCGAGGGACGGACCACUAGAAACACAGCCUGUGGUCUACGGACGCUUGGCCCAAUCUCUCCGAGAAGCCGCCCAGUCUGACGCCCCCAGCUUGAAACCCACCAUGAUGACCGCGGCUUCGGAAAUGCUGGACCACCUGGUGGCCGGGCACGAAACUUCCGGCAUCGCCCUCACAUACCUCAUGCACGAACUCUCCCAGCGCCCCGACCUGCAGGACCGUCUCCGCCGCGAACUCCUCACCCUCAGCCCUCCGCCUCUCAACCCGGCACCUAACGACGGAGCCAACGCAAACGCGGGACGGUGUCUCCCCUCCCCGCGCUCCAUCGACGCCCUUCCCCUCCUCAACAACAUCCUCCAGGAAACCCUCCGUCUCUACGCCCCCGCGCCAGCCCAACAGCCGCGCCUCACCCCUUUCUCUCCCAACGGCACGGCCAUCGAGGGCUACGGCAAGAUCCCGGGCGGCGUCAGGGUCAGCGCGAACCCGUACUGUCUGCACCGCAACGCGGCCGUGUUCCCGGCGCCGGAGAAGUGGGUCCCGGAGCGGUGGGAUGUGGGGGGCGAGAGGGGGGAGGAGAUGAGGAGGUGGUUCUGGGCUUUUGGCAGCGGGGGGAGGAUGUGUUUGGGGAGUCAUUUCGCACUUCAAGAGAUGAAAUUGGUCGUUGCGGCGGUUUAUACGAAUUGGACGACGGAGAUUGUGCAUGGUGGGGGCAUGGAGCAGGCGGAUACGUUCAUUUCGGGUCCUGUGGGGGAGAAGUGCGUCUUGAGGUUCAAGCGCGUUUGA